GACGUCUUUUUGGCGCGGCUCCUUCCGCAAAGAUGGCGGCGUCCAAAGAGGCGGAGGCUGUGAGGGGGAAAUUCGUUGUUGUUGGAGGGGGGAUCGCUGGUGUCACCUGUGCGGAGGAACUGGCAGCCCAGUUCCCUUCCGACCGGGUGUAUUUACUCACGGCAUCUCCGCUCAUUAAAGCAACGACCAAUCUGAAGCAGGUUUCUCGGACCCUGGAAGCGUUUGAUGUUGAGGAGCAGGAGGGCACGGCGCUGGAGGGACGGUACCCCAAUAUCUCAGUCGUGCAGUCGGCCGUCAGAGAACUGAGGAGCCAGGAACAGGAAGUCGUGACGGAGGACGGGGCCCGGUACCGAUACAACAAGCUGUGUUUGUGCGCCGGGGCCAAAGCCAAGAUAAUCGCGGGGGGAAAUCCCUACGUUCUGGGCAUUCGGGACACAGACAGCGCCCGGGAGUUCCAGAGGCAUCUGAGCAGCGCCCGGCGGGUAGUGAUUGUGGGGAACGGCGGCAUCGCCCUGGAACUGGUGUACGAGCUGGAGGGCUGCCAGGCUAUCUGGGCAAUCAGAGACGGAGCCAUAGGAAACACCUUUUUCGACGCAGGAGCCGCCCAGUUCCUCCUCCCCCAACUGGGAGCCGACAAACCGCCGGCGCCGCUUCCCUGCAGGAGAACCAAGUACACUACGGAGCCGCCUCUGGGGGGAGGCGGCGGCAGCGUGGGCAGUGCCCUGGGGCCUGAUUGGCACGAGGGGUUAAAUCUUAAAGCGACAGGAGCGUUUUCCCACCGUGUCCACAUCGAGGCGCAGUGCGAAGUCAGGCGCAUUCUGCUGCGGGAGGAGCGCGAGGGGUUAAACAUCACUGCAUUGCCCUUCCCCGGGGAGUCCGACUCCGCCCCAAGUACCGAUUGGCCGGUGUAUGUACAACUGACCAAUGGGAAGACGUACGGCUGUGAUUUUAUCGUCAGCGCCACGGGGGUGGUUCCGAAUAUUGAGCCGUUUGUCACUGGGAACCAGUUUGAUGUAGCAGAAGACGGGGGCCUGAGAGUGAAUGAUCACAUGGAGACCUCGGUGCGCAACAUUUACGCGGCUGGAGACAUCUGCACGGCAUCAUGGGAGCCCAGUGCGCUAUGGCAGCAGAUGAGACUAUGGACGCAGGCGCGGCAGAUGGGUUGGUACGCGGGGAAGUGCAUGGCCGCGGAUUUCCUGCAGCAGCCAAUCGAAAUGGACUUCUGCUUUGAGCUCUUUGCCCAUGUGACCAAAUUCUUCAACUAUAAAGUGAUAUUACUGGGGAAGUACAACGCCCAGGGCCUGGGAAGCGACCACGAGCUGCUGCUCAGAUGCACCAAGGGGCGGGAAUACGUGAAGGCGGUGCUACGGGGCGGACGCAUGGUGGGGGCGGUGCUUAUCGGCGACACCGACCUGGAGGAGACCUUCGAGAACCUGAUGCUGAACCAGAUGGACCUUUCCCCGUACGGCGAGCGCCUCCUCGACCCAGACGUCGACAUCGAGGAUUAUUUCGAUUGAACUGACGGGCGAAGGGUUAAUGAUAAGAACCCGCCCCCUAUUUCCUGACUCUCCGGAGGGCGGGGGGGGGAUUCUCACAGCCCCCACAUUACCCAGUUCUAAAUAUACAACGUGCGUCUCCCACCCCGAUAAUUACACAAAUACGUCUUGUUCCCGCUAAUGGCCCCGCCCCCAGAGGGGAUUUAUCAUACGCACAAUGGGGGGGUAUAAUAUACACUGGGUUAUAUUUAGCGCAAGUCCUGCCCCCACAGACGUGAAUCUGACUCCCCCACACUCGCUCUGACUGUCACGGAUUUCUGAGAGUCCCGCUCUGCGCGUCUCGGGGUGAUAAAGGGGGAGUGGCCGCAGGUCGGCCAUCUUUCUAGGGUGUAACUGGACUCGGGGGGGUCCCUUUAGUGCUCCCCACAAUUCUACUGAUCUCUGUACAAAGUAACAAUACAGUUGUAGCCUCGCAGGGCUGCCGGGGUCGGUGACCCCCCAUUAGAGUGAUUGCUGUGUUUUACUUACCCUUUUCCCCUAUACUUAUAGUUGUUGCCCUUCCCAGAAUGGGAGAAAUCUGCUCUGCGAGGGGGCUCCCCAAUCAAUUUACCCCCCAUCUGCGGCCGUAACGGCUGCUCAGUAUCACUAAGGGGUUAAUGUUCAUGGCCUCCAUGAUGCCGUUAUGGCAGCGGCAGAAGUCAAUGUUGUAUCAACAAUGAAAUCCAAAUGGAGACUGUAGCGCUAUGUAGAACUGUAACAUUGUGCAGCUAAAGGCAAGAUGUUAAAGGGGUGGUAGGUUAUAGAGAAUGGCCAAUUCUAAGCAACUUUUCAAUUGGUCUUCAUUAUUUAUUUCUUAUAGUUUUUGAAUUAUUUGCCUUUCCAGCUUUCAAAUGGGGGUCACUGACCCCGGCAGCCAAACCCUAUUGCUCUGUGAGGCUCCAGUUUUAUUGUUACUUUUUAUUCCUUAUCUUUCUCCCCUAUUCAUAUACCCGUCACUCUCUCAAAUCACUCCCUGGUUGCUAAGGUAAACGAGACCCUAGCAACCAGAUAGCUGAAAUAAUAAAAAAUGAAAACCAAUUG